GGACUCCCAGGCUUGUCCCAGAUCAGAUGGACCAGGGAGAGAGGGAGAGUGCCACCAGCAUCGCCUGCCUGCUACUGAGGGUCAUUUCUCUGCCACCCCACACCUGUCCCUGAUUUCGACCAGGCUGUCUAUUUGGGACAACUGGGACCUCCUCGCUCUCGACUUUUGAUCCCCUGGUGCUGGGAGUCUUGCUGUAAACCCGCCGGUCACCCCCGCCUCUCUCUCGUCCAGCCCAGCUCCCCCAGCCAGGAUGGAUCGUUCUGUGCAGGAGCUCUUCCUCAACUUCAUGAUCGUCUUAAUCACUGUGCUGCUCAUGUGGCUUCUGGUCAAGUCCUACCAGGACUGAAGCAUGGGGCAGGGGAACUGCCUGGAGGACGGAGUGCGUUUUCAGCCAUGGAAGGCGUCAACACUGACGCAGUGCAGCUGUGUCGAGUUCCAGCACUCUGAGUGGUCUCGCUCAUUCACAGUCUUGUCCUGAGCCAUUACACGUUCAAAUACUUAAAGCUUUUUAGAUCAGUGCUACGAAUAACUCAUUAAAGUAACUUUUUAGAUGUGUUCAUUUGACGGCAAAGGUCUGAAAUUAUUUGUAUUUUCUUUGUUUUUACUGUUCUUGUAUAAUGCUUUAAGACCAUAGAAAGGAAAUGCUAAAUGUUAUCUACUUGGGUGCAGAAAGGUGUUGUGAAUUUAUUUGCACCAAAACAUUCACAUUAUAAAAUAUAAUCAGCAUGUGAUAUCUGAAUAUUCUGUUUACAGUUUUUACAAUAAAAUAGGCCUCUGUAGUCA